UGUUUACUUGCUAAGACAAACGAUGGGAAUGUGUGCGUUCCUGUAGCAUUCUGUUAUUUAGACUAAUUAUUCAUUUUCGGCCAUUUCAGUGUUACAAGUUGUUACUGUCUUUGUUGUACGUUUUAUCUUUUAUUUCAUUUUAUCAUUUUAUAAUUGUGUUGUGCGACUCCUAACUGGACCGAGCGGCGGCUUCCAGCCGGUGAGCAGACAGUCGCCUCCAGUCUCCACUGCGCCGCAGCUGCGACCGGACGGAGGCUUGACUCGGAGGGGCUGCUGAACUGAGGAGGAAACUCACCGACGCCAAGAAAAACAAACAAACAAACAAACAAACAAACAGAGACACAACAACAGGAUGUAAACAAGCCGCGCGGAGCAGAAUGCCGAGAGGAACAGAAGCGACUUGUUGUCCUGCGGAGCGCACCAACCCGCGGCUAACACCGGGGCUAACGCGUUAGCCGAGUCGACGCUAGCUGCAUCACGGACACACUCUGUGGAGUGGAUUCCUCUUCCGGUCCGACAGCCCCACGCAUCCCUCGCCUGUUGUUGGAUCUCUCUGGUUCUUCCACUCUGCCAUCAUGGCGUCGGUGGCCAGCUUCUCUCCACCCUGGUGGGUGAAGCUGCUGCACAGGCUCCCACACUUCAACUUCAAGUUCGAGCAAACCAGCAGUGACUUCCGGCCGGAGGACUGGACCUAUCAACAGUCCAUCCUGUUAUUGGGCGGUGUGGCGCUCGCCUGUCUGGCCCUAGACCUCCUGUUUCUGCUCUUCUACUCCAUUUGGCUGUGCUGCCGACGGAAAAAAAGCGAGGAGCAGCCCAACGCCGACUGCUGCUGCACGGCCUGGUGUGUUAUCAUAGCAACACUCGUCUGCAGCGCUGGCAUUGCUGUUGGUUUCUAUGGGAACGGCGAGACUUGUGAUGGAGUGAACCGGCUGACGUAUUCCCUGCGCCACGCUAACCGCACAAUCACUGGAGUGCAGAAGCUGGUAUACGACAGCACAUCCUCAUUGAACCAGACGGUAGACGACAAUCUGCAGCAGCUUGAGGGCCAGUAUGCCCUGCACGCAGACUACCUGUCCAUCAUCCAAAAGCUGCAAGGCCAGCUGGACGAGCUGGUCCGACAGAUGGCAGAGAUUCCCUUCUGGGACAACACCAACGUCUCCCUGGAGGAUCUGGCCGUCAACAUUGAGCUGUACGACUGGUACAGGUGGCUGGGCUACAUAGGCCUGCUACUGUUCGACGUCCUCAUCUGCCUUCUGGUGCUGUUUGGCCUCAUUCGAAACUCCAAGGCAACACUUAUAGGGGUGUGCUUGUUUGGUGUCGUCGCCCUGGUUAUCAGCUGGGUGUCCCUGGGGCUGGAAUUAGCUGUCUCUGCGACCUCGAGUGACUUCUGUGUUGCUCCUGACACGUAUGUCACAAAAGUGGCGGACCAGUACGGAGUCAUCAAUCAAGAAAUCCUGCAGCACUACCUGAGUUGCAGUCUGGAAAGAGUCAACCCGUUCCAGCAGAUGCUUUCGGGCAGCCACAAAGCGCUGGUGGAGAUGCAGGACGACGUGUCCGAACUGCUGCGCUCUGCCACCAGAGAGUAUAAACAAACUAAGGGAAGUUUGGAGGAGAUCCAAGGGAUACUGAAUACCACGGAGAUCAGCCUACAUCAGCUCACUGCGCUGGUGGACUGUCGCAGCCUGCACAUGGACUACGUCCAGGCCAUGACAGGUCUGUGUUACGACGGACUGGAAGGCCUCAUCUACCUCGUGCUCUUCUCCUUCGUCACGGCGCUCAUGUUCAGCUCAAUUGUUUGCAGCGUGCCCCACACCUGGAAGAACAAGAGGAGCGAGGAAGACAGUGAAGACGAGUCCCUGAGCCACGGAGGAAGGCAAAACCACGACAACCUGUACCGGGUCCACAUGCCCAGCCUGUACAGCUGUGGAAGCAGCUACGGCAGCGAGACCUCAAUCCCUGCCGCCGCCCACACCGUCAGCAACGCCCCCGUCACCGAGUACAUGGCUCAGAACGCCAGCUUCCAGAACUCUCGCUGUGAGAACACGCCUCUGAUCGGACGAGAAUCUCCUCCCCCCACGUACACCUCCAGCAUGCGGGCGAAGUACCUGGCCAACAGCCGACCGGAUCCCAACAACCCUCCAGCGCAGGAGACGACACCGGACUCGUCCCGUCUGCAGCACUGACGUCCCUGGAGUCUGUCAUCCAGUCAGUUGUUGUUGUUGUUUUCUUAAACUCUGAUAAUGAUUUUUUCCACUCAGCCGCUCCACCUCCUGCCUCCCUCCACCAUGAACUGUCUUACUUGACUUAAGAAAUUGGGAAAAACCAAAUGUGCUCUGUGCUGGUUGGUUGAAGUAAAAAACGCGAGGGACGUGGCUGCGGCGAAUCCACCUUCUCCAGAUUCCACAAUCCUCGGCUGAUGCGAGACUCAUCGGUGGUGCUGGGAAUCCGUCUGAUGCGACGGGCUCGGACUGACUUAUACACUCCAAUAUAUUGAUUUUUUCUUUCUCUCUUUACACAUGAACACACCACGACAUUGUGCAGUGUCACAUCUUAACAAGGCAUUGCGGUGUUGAGGACUCUGGGAGUGCUCGUACACGUAGACUAGCACUGAUUACUACUGGUUGUUGUUUUUUUUGUUUUUGUAAAGUACUGUACCACGUCUCCUCUCUCCCCUCCGGGACGGCGAGGGAGAGGCCUUACACGUGCAAACGGGAGGAAUUCAAAAUCUUCCCACCUGACGAGUACAACGAUCAAACUGUCGUAGUGUAGAUUAAUUUCACAGUGCAACGUCUCAGUUGCUCAGGAAGUCUUUCUGCUCGUGGAACUUAAAAUCUGAUAUUUGCAUCAUACUGUAUAUCACAUAUGCACAUUCGCAUUGCUUCGUCUUAAAACCCCUGACGCCUGGGACCAGUUUUUUCCUGCAGCAUUGCACGUCGUACAGGUCUUUUUAUUUUUAUUUUAAAUUUUUCUCUUGGGACAAUGUUAAUUCCUGUGGCUUUAAAAAAAAAAUACAUUCAUGAUGAGCCACUUUUCCACAGCAGUGACUGUAACUUGUGAAGCUGUGAACGUCGAUGCUCUCAGAGGACAAAGAUGAGCUGCACGGUGGGAAUGCAGUUCAAAAAAAUGAAUUGAACAAUAGUGAAUUUGAUGAAGACAAGAUGUUUUUAUACUACUGGAAGCAGAAACCUUUGUUUUUAAUUAUUCUUUUUGCGGACGAUGGUGAAGCACUGGAAUACAGAGGAGUGUUUGAUGUCUUCAAUAUUUCUCCAGACUUUUUAAGAUCAGUUUUGCGGUGCUCGCUCUUCACCAGACUGCUUGUAAUUCUCUCCAUUGUUUUUGCAAAGUUGUGAAGCUUCAUUUCCCUUGAUACAGCUGUGUACACACACACACACACACACACACAAACGCAUUCUUGAGUCUGUCUGGCAAUGAUCUGCAGCAGCUAUAGAUCAAAAAUCCACUUGCCAAUCAUCGCAACCAUAAGUUUUAAUGCACAUUCGAGUGAAAAAUAUGCAUAUUUACAGUUUCUCAUAAGAAGAGAGACCUUAUGCAUCGGCACCUCCAGUGUCUCACAAAUGUGUUUUAGCAUUUAUACCCAGUAGAUGAGGCAGAGUGGACGCGGUGAAAAGAUUGUGAUACAGUAACUCCUCCCUCGAUAUGAACUGGAGAUUUGUUCCUGUUGAAGCAUGACGACGUUUUGUACCUCGGCUGCUUCAACCUCCUCAAAGUGCUUCUGUGAUCAGGACGAGACUGAGCCAACAGGUGAAGCACAAAUCCUUCUACUCUCUGAAUAUCUUUUUGUAAAUCUCUCUACUUCAGGCUCCCGUUCGCUUCUGCGAUGGAACGAGAAAACAAAGCCUGACUUCUUUUUUUUCCAUUAUUACACCGAUGCAAUCCUUCUGUUUUUUUUGUAGUGGUCAUAUUCUCUUUGUCGUCUGUAAUGCGAAGCUGUUGUACAGGUUGUGAACAUUUUCAAAAUUAAGGAACUUUGACUUUUCUUUUUUAAUUUCUUAAAAAGCUUAUUUCACAUUUUUUUAAACAUUUUUCUAUUUGAUUUGCUUGUAGAUUUUUUUUUAUUUAAUUUUAGAAAUUGCAGCAAGCACAAUGUGUUGCUUCAUUAAUGUGAAUAUGGGCCAUAGAUUUUGAUUUUUUUUUAAUGAGGUUUUUUUUUCUUCUGUUAAAAAAAAAUCACUAUAGAUGUAAUCAUUUUUUUAUACAUCAUUUUUGCAGUCUUUAAAAUGUGUACAUGUAAAACCUGUGGUUAUUCUGAGCUUGAAAUGCUGUGUUUUGAAAUUAAAAACUUUUAACUGUU